GAUUUAGAUAACUUAUCGUUACUGUUCCUCAGCAUGUUUUAACGGAAAAUAGCUAGCCAAACAGUUAAUCCCCACUACAAAACGUUUUAAUAUCUAUUGUAUAUGUAUAACAUUAAAUUUAUAUUUAUAACUUACUUUUCUAUCUCGGUGGCGUUAUAAAAGUCUCAUCAACAAAUCUUUACUUAACGUUCGCUACAUUAAAACAAGUGUUGAAGUCUCCAAAUCACCUCCAGUCCAACGUCUGCAUCUCAUUUUAAACCUAAUUUAAAUAUGAUGACGAUCUAUUUUAUUGACGUUACUAGCCAUCUGACAGACCAAUAAACGCGACUUUGAAAAACCCAUCUCGACACUUGAGCCCACCUACUCGGCUCACUUGCCUCCCAUUGGAAACGGCAGGAUGUGGUCUAUUUUAGUAGAACAUCAUUGGUUGUGUACCAUAUUAGUGAGUGUCGUGUGGUAGGGUAUUUAUUUAUUACAUUUUUCAAGCAAAGUAUAAGGGAAUUGUACUCCAGUCUGGUAGGUUGCGGUAAUGCAACAAAUUGGAUACCAACCGCUGUUAAAACCUCAGAAGAAGGUUGCGCGCCAUACACACACUUAAUUGAGGAAGGAAGGCAGGUUACAAUCGAAACUGCAGUCAACGGCUCUACAAAAGCACAUUUGACCUGUUUACAAACUAAAGUUGUGUGUUGGGGUCAACAAAUCUAGAAAGAAUACAGGUAAACCGUCAACCAGAAAGGAAGAGUGUCUCUGGACAACUGUCAGCGUAUAAAAAGGAGAAUUUUGAAGAUAGCGAAAGUAAAAACUUGACGCAUUUUCUGAAGGGGCCUGCAGAUUCGACAGCGACGCGUUUUCUGAAGGGGCCUGCAGAUUCGACAGCGACACCAUGGCUGAAUGUGGUUGGGAUGAGAUGUCAGAGGUUCCAUCCCUCCUUCAGGAGGACCUGACCUGUCCGGUCUGUAAAGAUCUCUACCGGGGUCCCGUUCUUCUUUCUUGCAGUCACAGCUUCUGCAAGGACUGUUUGGAGAAAUGCUGGAUGGGGCCGGGGCAGAACUGUCCCGUGUGCAGGAAGAGCUGUGACGGCGAGCAACCAAUAUCCAACCGGGCGCUGAUGGAUGCGACAGAGUCGUUUCAGAAGGAGAAGCGUUGGCGGGGACCGAACGCAAUCAGUAACGUGCCUCUUUGUAACCUGCAUCGUUUGGGGUUUCAACUUUACUGCGUAAAGGACGAGGAGCCCGUGUGCGUCGACUGUGUCCCUCUACAUCGGGCUCACGAGCUGCUGCCGCUCAACGAGGGGACGCGGUUGUGUCAGGAAGAACUGACCAUUAAAGUCAACAUAUUGGAGGAGAAAGUGGAGACCUUCAAGAGAAUGAAAAAUAAAUACUCUAACAGAGUUGAUUUCAUUAAGAGCCAGGCCGAGCAGGCAGAGAAGCAGAUCAAGGCAGAGUUUGAGAGGCUCCGUCAGGUGCUGUGUGUAGAGGAGGCUGCCAGGCUGAAGGCCCUGGCAGACGAGGAGGAGGACAAGAGAUCCGGUAUGGAGGAAAGGAUCAGCUCCUUGACCAGUGACAUCGCUGCCCUCACUAAGCUGGUCCAAACAGUAAAGAGGGAGAUGGGGGCGGAGGAUUUAACCUUCUUGCAGAACUUCCCAGGCUUAAAGAAAAAAGCCCAGUGGCCUCGUGAAGACCCACAGAAUCCCUCAGAUGCUCUCCUGAACAUGGCCAAACACGUGGGCUCUCUGGGCUACAGCAUUUGGAAGAGCAUGCAGGCUCACGUCACAUGCAUCCCAGUGGUGAUGGACCCUAACACAGCCUGUCCCUGGCUUUCCAUGUCCCCAGACCUGGCCAGCGUACGGGACAGCCCAGAGCGCCAGUCUCUCCCGGACAACCCUGAGCGCUUCGACCCCUGUGUCUUUGUCCUUGGAGCUGAGGGCUUCCGCUCCGGCAAGCACCGCUGGGAGGUCCAUGUGGGAGACAACCCGAAGUGGAUCCUGGGAAUCUGUAAGGAGUCUGUGGCUCGCAAGAGGAAGUUCACCGUGUCCACAGACAGGGGCGUGUGGACCAUCGGUCUGAGCAAAGGGGUGUACAAUGCCCUGACUGGCGAACGCACAGUGCUGGUCGUGGAGAGUCGGCCAGAGAGGAUCCGGGUAAAGCUAAACAUGGAUAAGGGGGAGGUGUCAUUUUGGGACACAGGCAACGGUGGGAAGCACCUGUGCACCUUCAAACACAAGUUUACAGAGAGAGUGUUCCCCAUAUUUGGUCCUGGCCUCCACACCACCCCGAUGGAGGUUAAGCCGGCCAAGGUGACCAUUCAUACUGCGUGACAGGGCAGUGUGACAGUCACUACAGCUUGCUAAGGUAGAGGUCACAUGUAGAGGUCACAUGUUAUGGUCAGAAGGUAGCCUAAUACGUGCACUUGAAUACAUGGGGCAUUCCACUGUUUAAGCUGUCAGGCUGGUGUGGUUGUAUUCUAGUAGUUUUACUGUGGCUAUAGGUUUGCGUUGAGGUUUGGAUCUGAAAUGCUUGCUUACCAGCCCUACCCAACAAUGCAGAGUUUAAAAAUUAAAAUAAAAUGGUUAAACAAGGAA